GCGUCCUCGCGCGCUUCCGCCCGGGCCGGCGCCGGCGCCGCGGGCCAUGGCGGUGAGCUACGCGGCCGGGCUCUCGCCCUACUCGGACAAGGGCAAGUGCGGGCUGCCCGAGAUUUUUGACCCGCCGGAGGAACUGGAGAGGAAGGUGCGGGAGCUGGCAGACUUGAUCAGGAGUUCCUCCAACGUGGUGUUUCAUACGGGGGCUGGAAUCAGCACCGCCUCAGGGAUUCCUGACUUCAGGGGCCCCAAUGGCGUCUGGACUAUGGAAGAGAAGGGGCUUUCCCCAAAAUUCGACACUACCUUUGAGAAUGCCAGACCCUCCAAGACUCACAUGGCGCUGCUGGGGCUGCAGAGGGUCGGCAUCCUGAAAUUCCUGGUCAGUCAGAAUGUGGACGGCCUUCACGUGCGUUCAGGAUUUCCACGGGACAAGUUGGCUGAGCUCCAUGGGAACAUGUUUGUGGAAGAGUGCGUGAAAUGCGGCAAGCAGUACGUGCGGGACGCGGUGGUGGGCAGCAUGGGGCUGAAGCCCACGGGGAGGCUGUGCAGCGUCACCAAAGCCCGGGGGCUGCGGGCCUGCAGAGGGAAGUUAAGAGACACUAUUUUGGACUGGGAAGAUUCCUUGCCUGACCGUGACCUCACGCUGGCAGACGAAGCCUGCAGGAAAGCCGAUCUCUCUGUCACUCUGGGCACUUCUCUGCAGAUCAAACCCAGUGGCAACCUCCCACUGAUCACGAAGAAGAGAGGAGGGAAGCUGGUUAUAGUCAACCUACAAGCAACCAAACAUGACAGACAAGCCGACCUGCGCAUCCACGCCUACGUCGAUGAUGUUAUGACAAAGCUGAUGAAGCACUUGGGGCUGGAGGUGCCGGAGUGGACGGGGCCGGUGGUGGUGGAGGAAAGCUCUGAGCUCACCAGACCUGAACAGCUCUUCAAAUUCGACCCCGGGGUUCGGGAGCCGCUGAAGGAGGAGCUUCUUUCCCAGAACAACAGCACGGGUGGGCUCUGCCCUGACCGUGGGACCAUGCUGGUGGAACACCACGAUGGCCUGAAGCAGGAAUGUCCCAGCCCGGACAUGGGGCCACCGGUGGUAAAGAAGAUGAAGGUGGAGCCUCUCCUCAUCUGAUCCAGACUGUUCCCUGUCUGUCCAGACACUCGUCUGUGCCACUUUUCCUACCGACUUUUUUUUUUUACAUCCUUAAAUAUUGUCCCUUUUUUUAUGUAAGUAUUAAAUACACUUGAAUCGCGUCGCUCGGGGGCGGC